CGAAAAGUAGGAUUGAUAAACACAAAUCUAAACAUUAAUGAUACGACUACAUUCUUCGGACUAUAUUUUAUUUUGCUUAAAAAACGCUGUCUAGCGUCUAGAUUUGGCUAAGACCGAUUAUGGGCAGCCAUGAAACCCAUCCCCCAUCUUUCAUACUGUAUUUAACUACCAAAUUCAAGCCAUUUCAGUUAUCAUACCCAAAAACAGAAAAAAGCAAAGAAAAAGAAACUAGUUCAAUUCCCUAACCCAUACUUAAUUCCAAAUUCAAUUCCAUCAUCAUCUCCCACUCUCCCAACUCCUCCAUAGCUAUGGAGAUCUUUCAGAAAGCGAAGGCGGUCCGGCUGAGAAGCCACCUGAACAAGUACUUAGUGGCGGACGACGAUCAGCAGCACACGCGCCAGAGCCGCAGAGGCGGCGCGUCGAAGAAAGGCCGGUGGUACGUAGAGUUUGUGGAGGGAAACAGCCACCUGAUUCGCCUCAGGAGCUGCCACGGCCGCUACCUGAUGGCCUCCGACGUCCCGCUGCUCCUCGGCAUGACCGGAAACAGGGUGCUAUUGACCGAGCAGCAAAACGUGAAGGAUCUGCGUAUUGAAUGGCAACCUGUCAAGGAUGGAUUUCAGGUAAAACUGAGGAGUUAUGGCGGAACGUUUUUGCGGGCGAACGGCGGGACGCCGCCGUGGAGGAACUCUGUAACGCAUGAUAAUCCUCAUACAGCGUCGACGAACAACUGGAUUUUGUGGGACGUGGAGGCGGCUGAGGUGCCGGAAAACGAAAUAUUGACGGAUUCCUUUUCAAUGGCUUCGAGCUUUUCAUCGCUCUCCGAUGAAUUUCCCGAUUUGGAUAUGAAUUCGCCGGUUUCCGUACAGUCAAGUUUUUCAACUAAGACGCCUUCAAUCACGCUGCCAGCAAUGGAGCUCUUCCACCGGGCCAAGACGGUUCGUCUCCGGAGCCACCACGACAAGUACUUGACCGCCGACGAGGACGAAGAGUCGGUGACUCAGGACAGGAACGGCACCUCCCCGAAUGCGCGUUGGACGGUGGAAAUCCCGGAAAACACGGACAACGUCAUCCGCAUGAAGAGCUGUUACGGGAAGUACUUGACAGCCUCAAACCACCCGUUCCUGCUCGGCAUGACUGGCCGGAAAGUGCUGCAGACUCUGCCCGGCCGCCUCGAUUCCUCUUUAGAGUGGGAACCUAUUAGGGAGGGAAAACAUGUGAAGUUCAAGACAAGGUACGGGCAGUUUCUCAGAGCUAAUGGAGGUUUGCCGCCGUGGAGAAACUCCGUCACUCACGACAUCCCGCAUAGGACGGCAACACAGGAUUGGAUUGUCUGGGAUGUUCAUGUUGUGGAUAUUCUGCUAUUAUCCCCUGUUCCGAAACCGGCGCCUCCCUUGGUUAUUCAUUCAGAUUCAUUCGCUUCCGAAUCCGAUUCUCCUUCAACAGCUUCAAAUACUUCUCAGAGCUUUUCCGGUAGAGAGUCCGGCGAUUCAUUGGAUAACGUAGCAAAAAUGGUAGGAGAUGGGAGGCUAAUUUUUUAUCGUAUUGCGGGUGAUCAUGGGGAGAUUGAUGAAGGGGUAGAGGAGCUUUGCAUGCCUUUUAAGGGGAACAGCGUGGCUGAGUUGAAGAAGAGAUUGGAGGAAGAGACUAAUCUGGAUGACAUUGUUGUUUGCACUCGAAGCGUCUUGAAUGGGAAGCUUUAUCCCCUUCGGUUGCAUCUCCCCCCAAACAAUGCAGACAUGGCCGUUGUCAUUGUCCCGUCAUCUUCUAAAGUGGCAAAAGAUUUUGCAGCGGCAGCAACAACGCCAUUCUAGAGCAUCCAAAUUUGAAAUGGCUGGGGGGUUAAUUAUUUGAAGUGGGCUUUGCAGUUCUGUUGGUCUAUGAGAAGUAUUUGUAAAUACCUUCACAUGGUGAAGUUAGGGUGUAAUAUUUAAUUCUUUUUUUUUUGUUAUUUUCGUAUUAAUAAAUGGCCUAAAAAUCCAGCACCUGAAUUCAUUGAGUAUAUAUAUGAAAUAAUAAAGUAAAAAAAUAUUGUUUUGGACAAAAUCGAGCAAGUUCCCUCCACCUGCUCUAGGUCAUACGGGCUUCCAUCACGACACAACACCUCUACUGUUGGGACCGCUCGAAUGUCGCAGCCACUUCACUGUUGCAGUCAUGCAACUGACCAACACCUUUAAUUUUCUCUAAUUUUCGGAAUCGAGAUGAACAUGUCCGAGAUGACGACCUUUUGAAUCUGUGGCGAGCUUCUGAGUCGGCGGUGGCAGCAUACUUUGUACAUCUGACAUGCAGCAAGAGCCUCAACUUUGUGGUCAUUUGUAAUAACCUUCUAGUACAGGAGCUCCAAGCUUGCCUACUAGGAGCCUAGGAUCAUCAAACUCAGGAAAUCGGACCCUUAUUACUUUAUUAGUCUAUGGAAAUGGAACUGUCUCGAUAAUACAAGCUCAUCAAGGUUUUAUCAGCAUGUACAUUAUUUUUUAGCUGAGAAGGCAAUAGCUGUUAAUCCAAAUUCAAGAGGUGAGGCCCAUGAAUCCUCCACAAUCAAACUUGGGAUAGUUAUAAGCAGCUUAACAAUUUAUUCAUGGCAGUGCAUGGUAACCUAGCCAUGCUUAUAAGCUGACCUUGAUGUUUUCCGGGUCAGAUCACCCAUUAGAGGUGGCCACUCAGCCCCUGGCAAUGUGAGCCAUCUGACUAGCCACUGACUCUUCCCUUAGCUAGUUGAACUCUUUGGUCAUUUUGAGCUCCGCCACAACUUCAGUAGAUGUGCCCUUGGGGAAUCCCUCCUUAGCUUGGCCACCUUUUCAUUGUAGAUGGGGGAAAUAUCAGUUCGUCUUAUCCUUAGGGAGUGUUUGCAACUGCUUCUGCUUAAAAAAAAGCACUUUUGGAUAUGUAAGGAAAAAGUGAUUAGUAGGAAAAGUUGAUAGUGUUUGAGAAAAAAGUGAUUUUGAAAAGUAAAAGUUGAUAGUGUUUGGUAGAAUAAGUGUUUUUUGUGUAAUAGAAAGGGGAAAAGCACUUUUCACACGCAAGCCGAGAAAAAGUAAAAAUUGGUAGUGUUUGGUAAAUAAGUGCUUUUUAAAGCCAAAAGCUGAGAAGUGCUUUUUUUAAAGUGAUUGCAAACACUCCCUUAAGGUUCUCCCGCUCCUGGUUUACCUACAAGGCUGCAAGAGCAGCACACUGGUUCUUUCUUUUCACAAUCACUGCACAUGCAACUGAAAUCAAAUCAACAACAGCUCCAGCAAAGUACAACGAACCUAACCUAAGCUAAUGGAAAUCGGAAAGAAAGGAUUAGGACCUCGUCCCUAAUUGGACAUCGAGGUUCUCCAGUCACUGGGGAAGGGAGAUCUUCAAUUUAAGAACACUUCUUUCUCUUAGAAAACAGGCAGUCAACAGUUCGAAGGAACAGUUUUUUAUCUGCCAUCCUCUACUAGGUUAAAAAUUCUUUAAAUGAAGCAACAUGGUGAGAAAGAGGUUAAAUGAAGGCAACAAGGAUGUAGUUUUCUAAAUGGUAGAGGAAACGAAGCAAUGUUGGAUUGAGACACACCGGCGAUCCUUUAACACUGCAAAAUGUUUUGGCUAAAGGGUCAAAUAGGCCCCUGAACGUAACCGAAUUGCUCAAUUGGCACCCCAAACCCAAAUAAGCUCCAAUCCAACCCACCAACCAAAUAAACUUGUCCAAGCCAAACAUCCAGCCGGUUACCUCCCCUUCGUCCCCCUUAAAUGCCCAAUCAGCAACUUAUUCCUUAUGAUUAAUGUUGACUCAUUAAUACACCCAACCCCCCAACGAAAUUACUCCAUUUCAAAUUGCAGACCAAGGAAAGCGGACGACAUAGAAAGACAAGUUUGCGUCUUCUUCGUCUGCACUGGGAAGAAAAACGAGCUUGUACGAACCGAACUGUCUGUGUGGUGUGAAAGCUCGACUGUGUACAACCCGGGAAAGCGGACGCCAGUUUUAUGGAUGCCAAAGAUGGAAG